CAGAACGAAAUAACCAAAGUUCUUUCGAACCUUUACCAAACCCUAACCCUAACGAUAAAGAAACAACUUCGGUUAGCUUAUCUGAAUUAGCUGAAUUUUACGAUGCUACUUGUACAACCACUGUUGCCGGAAGUUCAAAAAAUCCAAAUAUAGCAGGAACAAUAAGUGAUAAAAAUGUUUAUGUUAAUCAAACAAAUAUCAAU